UUCAUAGCCAUCACCACAAACUGUGUAUUUCAAAUUCUUUCCGACUGUGAAGUACAAAGCAGCCCUAUGAAAACAGUGGGAAAUCCUAAAAGCAUACCCCUAAGGGAACGGUCUGCGCCAAAACAACAACAACAGCAACUACGCACGUGUAGGUUCCCGAUCAGCUGAUGAAGUAAACAACUUCUCUUCCCACAACUUGUAGAUAAUGAGAUAGUAGAAAUUAAGCCAUUUCUACCUGCUGGAACGGCUUUUCCGGUGGUAUUUACUAUAAUUUGGCCCGAGGAACCUUUAAACUAGUGCAGUAAGAUAUAGAAAGACAGAUAAAGAUUGACAAGAUGUAGGGACACAUGCAGAUCAGAUUGGAGUUAUGUAUAGACUUCAUUUUUUCAUCACAUUGUCUUAAGAUGCUGUUGCUAGGCAGCCUCCUACUGGCAGUGAUAUGGUGAUUUCACAUUUUCUUUUCAAGGAAAUUUUGUUGUUACAUAGAAUGACCCAACCAUGUUACGAAUAGCAGUAAGAACAUGUACAAAUUUUCCAAACCAAUGGCAAUACGCAACAAGGAGGUGGAUCCACACCUCCAGAGUUAUGCGAUCUGUUGUUCCAGUGUUUCGACGAGCUGAACAGUACCAUGAUAAUGUAGCAUUAACCGACCAGCAUGGUGAACAUACCUAUAGUCAGAUUUAUAGGUUCAGUGGGCACCUGGCUCGCCUAAUGCAGGAUGUCCUAGGAAGAGACAGAGUACAAGAGAGAGUAGCUUUCCUGUGCCCCAACGACGUAUCUUAUGUCAUUGCUCAGUGGGGAACAUGGAUGGCAGGUCACAUUGCUGUUCCUCUGUGCCCAAAACACCCACAUCCACAGUUAGAAUAUGUUGUGAAGGACAGUCAGGCAUCGGCUAUCAUUACCACUUCUGAUUUAGCACACAAGAUCAAGCCAAUUCUCUCAGGACAACAGGUUAUAGUCUUAGAAGAGUAUUUUUAUAAGCAGUCCCCAGUUAGCAAAGAAAAUGAAGACAGUCCAGAUGCAAGCCCUGAGUCCAUAGGAGACGAGAGUUCAACAGCACAGUGGUAUGGCUUGGACAAUGAAUUUUACUCCUUGAGUGAUGCCAUGAUUCUGUACACAAGUGGCACUACAGGACCCCCCAAAGGUGUUGUUUUGAGUCACAAGAACGUAGCUUCACAGACAAGUUGCCUAAUCCAGGCAUGGCGGUGGACCUCUAGUGAUUCCAUCCUGCACUGCUUGCCGCUCCAUCAUACCCAUGGCAUUGUCAAUGCUCUUUUAUGCCCACUACACGUUGGUGCCAGAGUUGUCAUGCUACCAGAGUUUUCUGCAUCAAAAGUUUGGAGUCACUUGCUUUCCUUGGAUACCCCAGUCAUGUCACGAGUGAACCUCUUCAUGGCUGUGCCCACAAUAUACGCGAAACUGAUUGAGGAAUAUGAAGAUAAAUUAGUCAAGAAUACUAGGAUGAUCGAGUAUGUGAAGGCUGUGUGUAUGCAGAAUAUCAGGCUCAUGGUUAGUGGCUCUGCAGCACUGCCUGUGCCCAUCCUGGACCGGUGGAAGGCCAUCACGGGCCAUACGCUCCUUGAACGCUAUGGGAUGACAGAAAUAGGAAUGGCUCUCUCUAACCCCUUAAAAGGAACUAGAAUACCAGGUUGUGUUGGAACACCACUUCCGGGAGUGGAAGUAAGGAUUGCAAAGUUCAUUCCUGGGAAGGAGGAGUAUGAGGUUCUUUGUGCUGGGAACAACCAGGGAACCAAGGUCUUCACUGAUGGGGAGGCUGGUGAGCUGCUGGUAAGAGGCCCUAAUGUGUUUAAGGAGUACUGGAAUAAACCUGAGGCUACAAAGAAGGAAUUUACUCAUGAUAAAUGGUUCAGGACAGGGGAUACUGCACAGUACAUAGAUGGAGCUUACAAGAUCUUGGGGCGGACAAGUGUUGACAUCAUCAAGAGUGGGGGUUUUAAGAUCUCAGCCCUUGAUGUGGAGCAGCACCUCUUGGAUCAUCCACAUAUUACUGAAGUGGCUGUCGUUGGGCUUCCAGAUAUCACGUGGGGACAAAAGGUCGCAGCUGUCAUUGUAUGGCAGAAGAAGGAGCCCCUAGACCUGGUAAAGCUUCGGAAUUGGGCACGAGAAAGGAUGCCCCACUAUCAGGUACCAUCUGUGGCGAUAACCAUAUCAGAACCCCUGCCACGCAAUAAUAUGGGAAAGGUCAAUAAGAAGCAGAUUGUGAUGGAUUUCUUCCCAGAUAGCAUGAACCAGCAGUGAUCUGCCAUGUUGUAUAGAGGGUGUGGAUGAGAGCUG